AUGCCACCCGCCGACUCCAAUGCAACGGCACAGAAGCGGCUCAUCUUGGACUACAAGGCGAUAGCGUCUUCACCACCUGAGAACAUAAUUGCAAGCCCUUAUAAAGACGACCUUUUCCGGUGGGCAGCAAUCAUAAUAGGCCCCUCUCAAACUCCUUGGGAGGGAGCCGUCAUCCGCCUGGAGCUUAAGUUCACGAGUGAGUAUCCCACCAAGCCGCCUGCUGUCAAGGUCCUGACAAAGAUGUUCCACCCUAAUAUUUUCAAUAACGGAAACAUCUGUCUUGAUCUACUCUCCACCAAGUGGACCCCUGCGCUAGGUGUUUCGGCUAUCCUUCUCUCCAUUCAGUCUCUUCUUACGGAUCCCAAUCCGAUGUCUCCGGCCAACAACGAGGCCGCAGCACUCUUUGUUAAUGAUAGACACACGUACAAUUUGCGCGUUUCGAUGUGCACGCGUAACAGCUGGGAAGAUGUCAAGGAAGAACCAUAUACUGAACUCUUGCGGACGAUCAUUGAUGAAGGAGAGGAUGACGAGCAGGGACAGGAGGAAGAAGAGGAAGGGGAGCUGCAUGAAUUCCAGCGAUCAGUGAAGUGA